AUGUAUGACAGGGUCGACCUUAACUACCUCCAAAGUCAAAUUUCACAAAAGUUCUCGCACUUUACUGACUCAAUGCAAAUCAACUCAGCUAUUGAUGAGUAUAAUUCCUCACUCACCUUACUCAGGGAUGAACUCGCUCCACUGAAAACCGUAUGUGUGUCAGAUCGCAUAUCAUCUGAAUGGUUUAAUACAGUAUGCCGUGAUGCCAAAAGGAAUAAGCGAAGAGCAGAACGUAAAUGGCGAAAGUCUAAAACACACGCAAGUCUUCUUGCUUACCAGAAAAAGUGCAUUGAGUAUCAUCGUGUACUGGUUGAAGAACGCACCGCCUCCAUUCAGGCCCAAGUAGAUAUCUGUGGUCAAAAACGCCUGUUUAAGAUUGCUAGAAAGCUUCUUGGUAACUGCGCUGCUGAUCUUUUUCCAACUGCUGAGAGCCACCUUCAGCUGGCCAAUGAUUUCGAUGCAUUCUUUAUUCAGAAGGUUAAACGUCUGCGUAACAAAAUCACACCAAGUGAGUCAUCGCCCAGCUUUGGGCUUCCUACUUCUUCUCCUGCUCUACAGCUUUCGAAAUUUGAGAGUUUUAACUUACUGAACAAUGAAGAUGUUAUUGACAUUGUCAAGUCCAUGGAAACUAAAACCUGUGACUUAGACCCUUUUCCGACUAAUAUUUUAGUGUCUCUGCCCACUACUAUGAUUAGUCUCUUUCGGAAACUCAUUAAUUCCUCCCUGUCUUCUGGCUUAUUUCCUGAGGCACUGAAGCUUGGCUUGGUAUCACCUAUUUUGAAGAAACAUCAGAUUGACCAUACUGAAUUUUCUAAUUUCCGACCUAUAACCUCCAUUCCAUUUAUUUCCAAAAUAUUCGAGAAGGUUGUUGUCUCCAAACUAGUCAAGCAUCUUGAUGACAAUGGUCUUAACGACCAAUUCCAGUCAGCAUACAGAAAGUUUUUUAGUACAGAAACCGCCAUACUGAAAGUCCAUGAUGACAUUAUGCAAGCUCUUGAUACAGGUGAAUGUAUUUUAUCGGUAUAUUUAGACAUGUCUGCUGCAUUCGAUACUAUUGAUCAUAAUAUUCUUCUUAAUCGCUUAAUUGACAUUGGUAUCUCUGGUUCUGCACUCGGUUGGUUCCAGUCGUACUUAAUAUCACGACGCCAAUGUGUUAAAAUUAAAUCGUCUAUUUCUGAUCCUGUUUUCUUAGAAUGUGGCGUCCCACAGGGAUUCAACUCUGGGUCCUGUCCUCUUCACCAUUUACAUCUGUCCCCUCAGCAAUAUCAUUAG